UGCCAGAACACUCUAUCUCUAUCUAUCUUUCUGUCACGAAAGUGCGUAAUUACAAAAAGUCACUCCCUUUCCCUUUUCUUUUCAUUACAGGAAUAGGAAUUGUUCGUUGCUUCCUUUGCGCUCCUCACACCCACUUCCCUUUUUUGUCCUCGCGCACCGCUCACGCUCUCUUUCGCCGAGUAACUGUUCGACGAAAUGCCCCAACCAUGCACUUCCUCACCGCACCCUCUUCUUCUCUUCUCUCGCCCCAUUUGACCCCUUCGCUCUUCUGCCCCCCUCUUUACUUCUCCUCCGCCUCGACCGGGAGGCUGCGCCGGUUCGCGCUUCUCAACGAACCGGGUUCGGUUCUCAACUGUUACAAGGGUUUGUGCUGGUCCUGCUCCGGGUUCUUGCGGCGCUGCAAGGAUUGGGAGGGCGAGUUCUCCUCUCUGGAGUCCCAGAUUUUGGAGUUCAUGCAGGGUUCCGAUAAACCUGGAGUGUUUCCCACAAAGGAGGAGUUGGUUGCUGCGGGGAGGGUGGAUUUGGUCAACGCUAUUGUUAACGAAGGAGGGUGGCUUGCGUUUGGGUGGGAUUUGAAUGAUGGGUUGGGGGAAAUUCGCGGUUUUGAAGAUAGGGGUAGCGGUGGAAUUGAGGGUAAUGCAACUCGGCCUUCUGGGGUUGCUUCUUCUUCUUCUUCUUCUUCUCGAACGGAUGGUUCAGUGAAAAUUGAAACCGGUGAAUCUGGCAUUGAGGGUAUAUUGAAUCGGUUGGAGAAACAAAGAAAUAGUGUUUUAGGACUUGGCUUAAUAGAGAAAGAAGAUGGUGUUUUUAGCGAAAGUAAUGAAGAUAAAGAUGAAUGGGAUCAUAGAACAACAAUGAAUGCAUUAGCUGCUGGCCUUGAAAAUAGUAGUAGAGCGUCCUCAUUGAGCCCUACAAGCACUCAUCUUAGUGGUUCUCGGAUCAAACAUGAUCAGCACGGAUUAGGUUCUGAAAAUUUAAGAAACUCGCUUGAGCCAGAGAUGUGGAGAAGUUGGAUUAUUCAGAGAACUGGUGUUUCGGAUGCAGAUUUUGAAGAUGCUGAAAUUGUUCCUGGUGAAACUCAGAAAGGAGGUAUCAGUGGUGCUUCAGGACAACCUGAUAUCCUCAACGGAAGGGAGUUUUCUUCUGAACUUAUAAACAAAGAAACAGGAUUAUAUUCUCUUGAUGGAAAUGCAAAUAAUAAUGACAUUAAAUCCCGUAUACAGCAUCUGAAAUUGGAGCUAUCUUCUGUUCUUCACUCGUUGAGGUCUAGCACAGAUAUAACUGCAAUGCAGACAGACCCAAAGCACUCUUCUGAUAAUCUAGCAAAGCUUUCCGAUGCUUGGGAAUUCCAGGAAAAUGAGAUGAUAAAUGCUCAAGACAGGUUGCGUUCUAUACGGGCUAAGUUGGCAGUGUUAGAAGGAAAGAUGGCAUUGGCAAUAAUGGAUGCACACAAGGUUGUUGAAGAAAAGCAGAAGAAGAUUAAUAAUGCUCAAAAAGCUUUGCAAAUGCUAAAGACUACUUGUGUAAUUUGGCCAACUAAGGCUGAAGAAGUACUUUUAACAGGAUCAUUUGAUGGUUGGUCCACCAAGAGAAAGCUGGAGAAGUUAAGUAGUGGUAUGUUUUCUGUGAACUUGCUGCUGUAUCCUGGAAGAUAUGAGAUGAAAUUCAUUGUAGAUGGAGAAUGGAAAGUUGAUCCGUUACGCCCUGUUGUUACAAGCCAUGGCUAUGAGAAUAAUCUUCUCAUCAUUAGUGAUUGAUGUAACAGAGAGUUAGCAUGAGAUAAUAUCUGUAGAACAUAGAAGAUGAUGACAUGCUCUAGGUUAGUCACCAAUUUUUUCCCCCAUUUUUUCGCUUUUGUACAAAAUAUUCAGCGAGUAGUUCAUUAAUUCUUUUACUUAGUCCUUGUGCCACUUUUAGAUGUAGAUAUCUUGAUUGAUGUCAAACUAAUCCCAUUCAAUCAUUUUUAACAUGUUCAUGUAAUUGUGGAAGUGAUGCCUCACCGUAUCAAAUGAUACGAGUAAAUGUUUGUAGUAAGGUUCACAAGUCUUCACUGUUUUGAAUGUUGUUAUUGGCAUAUUUUAUGAUCAAUUGUAAAAGAUGAGAAAUAGUUCAGUUUUA